AAUGUUUAUAUCAAGUAAAAAACACGCAGAAUACAAUACAGUUUGCUUAAAAUAACUCCAUCACAAAGUUGAUAAGUUUUUAUCAGAAUUGUGAAACAUAUUUAAUUAAUAAAUAACCAACAACAGCCAUAGUGCAUUUGUUCACCACUUUGAAGUAGUUUAUUCAUUACGUCUCAAAAAAUCCACCAUUGAAAUGAUGUCUGUGUUGAAAUUAAAUAAGUUUAGACCACGAGUCUCUAUAUUUCGGUAUUCAUCUCGAGCGACGGCAGAAACAACUGAAAUCCACGAUGAAGUCCGUUUCUUUGAGGAGCGCAGUAGUGCGUGGUGGAAUGAAGAAGGGAUUAUGCGACUAUUAAUUAAAAUGAAUCCGCUGCGUCUCGCAAUCCUGCAAGAAUAUUUGACCAAAGCAGGGUUGGCACACUUUGCCUAUUCGGAAACCAAGACACCGCUUCGAGGUCUCAAAAUGUUGGAUGUAGGUUGUGGUGGCGGCCUGUUGAGCGAAGCCCUUGCAAAGCUAGGCGCUGAUGUCACAGGAGUAGACGCUGGAAAAGAUCUCCUAGAGAUUGCCAGGGCGCAUAUGGCUACCGAUCCACAACUACAGAAACAUUUACGCUAUCAACUCUCAUUGAUAGAAAACUUCAGUGCCAAUCAUCGCGAUUCUUUUGAUGCAGUGGUUUCGUCAGAAGUCAUUGAACAUGUAAAUAAUCAGGAAAUGUUUGUUAAGCAUUGUGUAGAGUGUGUCAAACCAGGUGGGUCGAUUAUUUUCACGACAAUGAAUCGCACCUUACCGGGCGGUUUCUUAAACAUCACGUUCAACGAGCAUAUUUAUCGUAUUAUGCCGAAAGGAACACAUUCCUACAAUCAAUUCAUUCGUCCCAGAGAAUUGAAGAAUAUGCUGCUGAAAUAUAAUUGUAAAACCGUUGGAGUCCAAGGCUUCACUCUCAAUCCGUUCACAGAGACAUGGUUCCGAAUGCCGGUGAGUUGGUUUAAUUAUGCGCUGCACGCAAUUAAAGAUGGACCAAACGCUAAUCAGGCCAGUGCUACAUGCAAGUAUGCUGCUUUCUCGGAUCCCGGCAAAAAUUAAGUCUCUCUGAAUCAACAAGCGCGGAAAGUAAACAUCCACAUCACAAAUAUUUGAACUUGUUUUAGCAUGUAAUAACGCUAUGAAGCGAAACAAUAAAAUAAACAUUUUAAUAGAUA